CCCACCCCCGGCCAACUCCCCAGCCAAAACCGAAUCCAAGCCAAGCCUAGGCUGACAAUAGGUACAGUCAAGAAAGCUACUUUUUACUGUAUGUCGUAGCCUGCGAAUAGAGGGGGAUCUACUUACACUACACGCACCACACGAUACUACAGCACCGAUACCGACGUCAACCCGACCGACGACUCGCAGCACUCGCAGCACUCGCAGAAUCGUAUCAUGGCCAGCUUCAUAUAGUUCCAUUUGGUCAUUUGCACAAUCUGCCCAAAUUGUGCUUUUUGCCGAGAGUCCCGCCAUCUCACCAUGGCUUCUCAAGACCAAUCUUUCAGUUCCAACAAUCCCUUUAGGCGGAAGCUGGGCACACCCACGAUCUCUACCGAGAGCCCCGCCGCGACUCCCGUGACGAACUUCGACGGUCAUUUCGAUUCAAUCCCACGAGUGCCAUUCACUAGCUUUAGGACAGACCAUCCAAAAGCCGAUGGCCAGAAUAUGGAGGACAAUGAAGAAUUGGCGCCAGUACAGGCAAAGCCGAAGAAGGUCGUGAAAAGAGUUCGGGUCCAAUCACCACCUCCGUCUUCGCCCGAAGAGGAUGCCGUACCUGUAGCCCGAUUCCCGCCCGUAAGCGACGACGAAGACGAGGAUGACGACGACGAUAGUAAUAGUAGUGAUUCACAAGAUUAUGAGGAGCAUGUUGGUCGAUACAAAACCGUUUCCUUCCCCACCCGGGACAAUGACAGCGAUGGUACUGAGCAUACCGAACAUACCCAAACGGGACCACCGCCAAAUCCAUUUUCCAAAACGCUGCAGGACUUGGAACAGGCUGGGGAAGGGCAAAAUUCCAAUGCCCUUGCAGCUAGCGCUGCAGCAAAAGGGGCACUCGACGUAGACUCGUUCAAGAGGUUGCUAUUAACUGGCUAUGCGAAUAUUCCAGGUCCAUCAUCUAAGUCGGCAUCCGGUACGGGAGGAGGUUCUGGGCCUUCAACAAGUUUACAAGUACCUCUACACGACGGCGCGAGCAAUACGGAUGCAAGCUCCGUGUCCCGCCAAUCCAUCUUUGAUGCCAUACAAGAUACACCUCGAACUUCACAUGAAAUUUCCGAGCCAGAAGAUCCUGAGGAGCGAAGAAGUAUCCUUCCUACCUCCCCCCUUGCGUCUAUCCCGUCAUCUUCCACGAGGAAGAAACCACCACCUCCUAGCUCAAGGCAUGGCAAACUCAUAAAAAUCGAAUUAGGAACAGACUCGGAUACUCGUACUACCAAAACCUCCGCCGCUCCCAUAUCUAUCAGCACCACCUCUCUUCCUUCUAUAGCUCCACCCCGUAAAUCUAAUUCUCAGUCCAUAGCAGUACCACUACAAUCUCCACCCUUACCAACAGACGUGAACAAGCCACUUCCACUUGCUCCUUUCCGCCCCUCCGUGGAAGAGGCCGUUGAUUCUCCUUUCGACCGUGAAGCUAUAGGCAAAGUCCCCGAACCUUUCGCUGACCUACAGCCUAACCCUCGGCCUCCAACACCUCCAGUUGUCACUCGGAAUCGCUCUACAUCUAACGGCAGCAGCACGCAGACUCGCAAGCCUGCAGCACCCCCGCCACGUCGGCACGGGAGAAGCGAUAGUAGAGCACCUUCCAUUCAUGCCGGGAACCCGGACGACGACACUCCUCCGAGGUCAUCGUUGGACUCGAACCGCUCGCGGACUGACAGUAUCCGCACAAGCACCACAAAUGCGCCUGCACCACCACCUCCCCGCCGGCCAAAUCAUGCCAGGCAGGGGAGUUCAUUCACGAGUCCAAGCCAAGCCAGUUUCACCCCGAUACCAGCACCGGGGCCGGGCGUUGGCGAAAGCCUACGUAGUCCGGCCGGAACGGGGUUUGGUACCGUAAGCAGUAGUAGCGGGCAGGUAGAAGACUCGGGCGUGGGCGCUCUGGCUACAUUCACCACAUCCAAAGACGGUCAACCCAAACUCUCUCCGCCGCCACCACCCCCUACCAGGUCAGCUAGUACCAGACGCCCUCCUAGCGUCAGGAGUAUGGACGCGGGGAACGGGUUCGGCACCGGUACUAGUACCGGUAUGACGAGGCGCGUGAGCAAGGAGAAAGAGGGAGCUGCGGCACCACCCCCGCCUCCGCCGCCGCCCAGGCAACGCGGUAGCAGCCGUGCUAGCGUGGAGACGCAGGCUCCUGCUACAACGAUAACGGAGGGACCGAGGAAUCCAACCGAUAAAGCGGGUACGACUGGCCCCCAGCCCGAAGGCGAGGCUAAGCAAGGGGCGGAGAUCCUGGCGGAUCUUGACGCGUUGCAGAGGGAGGUUGACGCUCUGAUGGGGAAGGUUGGGAAGGGCGCGGGUUAGCGAGCGUACGCGUUUCGAACUUGAGCUUGGGCUUGAGCUUGGGAUUUAAUAUGUGUUGUUGGCGUGUUUUGAUUGGUGACGUAGACCGCGACUUGACUUGGUCGAAGUAGGAAUUAUUUGGGGUCGGGGGAGCGCGGGAUUGAAGUAUAAGUAUAGGGUUAUUGCAUAACGAGAGCUAGCAGCACUUGUAAGAGUGGGAUGAGCGAGGAGGCGGAUGCCCUUGGAAUGAAUGAAUGAAUGAAUUGGGAUCGAAGAUGCGGCUAAGGAGGGGGGGCUUGGCUAGGCAUGAGAUACGAAAUUCGCGUCGCGUCACGCGUUAUGGGGUGUAAAUGAAGGUGAUGUGCGAGCCUUGUAUAGUAGUAGUAGUAGGUGUAGGUUGGGUAGGGGAUUGGUAAUGUUGAUGAGGUUGGCUGGUGGGGCUACAUAGGUAUGUAGGUAGGCAGGCACAAAUGUAUGCCGUCGAGUACGAUUACGAGAGGACCUACGUAGAUUAGGUUAGGUUAGGUGUAGUGACGUGACGUGCCAGUGUGCAGAGCAAGCGUCUUGGGAAAUGGAAUUGGGUGAGAAUGAAGCGAUGUUUGUUCACCUCGGGCGAUUUGCUGUGUGAUGUGUGAUCGUAGAAGUAUGGGU